AUGAAGAAAGGGCAGGCUGUGUCGUGUCUGCGACAGCAUGCGUCAGCCGUGCCAAAACCACCUAGGUUCGUGUAUUUCGUGGCUCGAUGACCGCGGCCGCACCAUUGUGUCCCCGGGAUCAUCAACAAGUCCCUCCGCGAGCGGCUCUUACCUCGUCUCUGGCGGUGACUGCCGUUCGUUUCGUUCAGAAGCUUCGAGUAUUUCCUGCGUCGAGGAAGAAGUGAAAACUGUAUUGCUUCUGUUACACGGUCAACUCGCCUAAUGUGAGAUCCAUUUUUCUCUUUUUUAUUUAUUCUUGCACUUUUUUCAAACUUCUUUCAUUGGCAAUUAGACCAUGAUAUCUCUUCUUUUACAAUCUUAAGGCGUUCUUCUUAAGAACAACAUAACUCUUUAAGCAAUAAUUUGUAUUAUACUUUUAUAUACUAUUAUCUAAUAGUAUAUAAAAGUAUAAUAGUACUAUAUAUUAUAUUAUAUAAAAGUAUACUAUAUAAUAGUAUACAAAAGUAUACUAUAUGUUUAUAUACUAUUAUAUAAAAGUAUAUUAUACUGUUAUAUAUAGUAUUAUUACUAUUAUAUAUAGUACUAUUAUACUUUUACUAUUAUUAUAUAUAGUACUAUUAUACUUUAUUAUACUAUUUAUAUACAGUAUAACUAUUAUACUAUUAUAUACUAUUAUAUAAAAGUACUUUUAUAUACUAGAUAUACUAUAUAUUAAUAUAUAUAAAAGUAUUUUUAUACACUAUUAUAUAUUUUUAUAUAUUAUUAUGUAAAAGCAUAUUAUACUUUUAUAUACUAUUAUAUAAAAGUAUAUUAUAUAUUAUGUUAUAUAAAAGUAUAUUAUAUAUUAUAUAUUAUAUAAAAGUAUAUUAUAUAUUAUAUAUUAUAUAAAAGUAUAUUAUAUACUUUUAUAUAUAGUACUAUUACUAUUACAUAUAGUACUAUUUUACUUUAUUAUACUAUUUAUAUAUAGUAUUAUUAUACCUUUAUAUACUAUUAUAUAAUAAUACUACAUACUAUUAUAUAAAAGUACUUUGAUAUACUAUUAUAUACUAUAUAUUAGUAUAUAUAAAAGUACUUUUAUACACUAUUAUAUACUUUUAUAUAUAGUACUAUUACUAUUAUAUAUAGUACUAUUAUACUUUAUUAUAUUAUUUAUAAAUUUAUAAUAUUAAUAGUAUAAUAAUAUAAUAAUUAGUAUAAUAAUAUAAUAUUAAUAGUAAUUUAUAAAUUUAUAAUAUUAAUAGUAUAUACUAUUAUAUAUACUAUUAUAUCUUUAUGUACUAUUAUAUAAAAGUAUUUUUAUAUAUACUAAUAUAAAAGCCUUUCUUAUAUUGUUCCAUGGCAGUGUAAAGCAAGAUCUUCUUCGAUUCUUUACCGUUAGUUCUAUCGUUUGUUUUCCACUGCAGGUUUCAUACCUCCGUCGAUGCUGCGAGAUCAGUUGAUUUCGCGCCCUGUUCCUCAGGUGAGCGCAUCGGUGACGAAGGUCGAAUGUGGACGAGAGCCAGGAGAGGUUCUGCGGGAUUCUCGACGUGUCCUCCUGGUCGUCCACGUCGAACAGCUCGACGGACGUUUCGUCAUCGUAGUCAUCGUCCAACCACCUGCCAUGAAUCUGAUUUAACUGAAGAGUUGCAACCAAAACCGCUUGGCAUCGAGGAUGAACGAAAUAAAAGAAGAGGCGAAUCUUUAAUUCGAAAGGGAUGUAACCAUUGAAAAGUAAUACUCUCUCGAUGGAAACUUGACUGUCACUCAACUAUGUACAUUUUCAAUAAUUAAUUUCACGCGACAAACGUGAAACUGGUUACUGCGAAUAUCGACCAGAGAUAAAUAGCGACAGUAGCAGGCAAACAAGUAAACAUAGUUGUAGGACGAAGGAUUGGACAAAGUCGUCGAAUCGUUUCGGCAAGAUCUCGUCUUCUCGUUGGGAAAUCGAUGGUCCGAGGCGGCGAAUCAUGAGAACGAGGCAAGCCGCGCGCUUUUCUCGUUACAGCAAAAGAGCUUUCCACCGAUUUAAGUGCAAGGUGACGUUUCGCGGUCGUGGAAUUCCCUGCUAUCCUCGUGAGAGCAUUCGCAGAUGAGUUUAGAAGCGCACAGCAGCUCCCCCUCCCGUGUUCUCCGUGUUUCUCCGCUCACUCUCUCUCUCUCUCUCU